UUUCACUUAAUUCAUCGAUUCUAUAUUUAAUUGAAGAAAAAUAAUACAAUAAAACAAAAUGUCUUUAAAAAUAUUUACAUUUUCUGUGAUCGCAUUAUUAUUGAACAUCGGUGUAUUUACUACAGCAACAAAUAGAGCUGCAGAAAUGGCUGAAAGUACAAUGAUUUCAGCCGCAGGUCGAGGUGCGGGAAAUUUUUUUAACACUAUUAUUGCGGGAAUGGCCGCAUCAAAUGUGGCGUCAACAGAUUCAAUAAUUAAUGAUAUUGAUUUAUGUGAAAGCCAAUCCGAAGGUGUUUUAAUCGGGGAAGAAGCACAAAUGGCAGCUAUUGCAGAACAAGCAGCAGUUUUAGUUUCAGCUGCUGCUGAUCGAUAUGCCACUCGCAUUGAAGUGAUUAUUCAACAAUUAUCUGCGCGUUUAAUGGGUACGGCUGGUAGUGCAGUUGCUGUAGCUAGUUCACAAAUAAAAUUAGCCACCGGGGAAAUAAAUGCUAUCACUGAUCGAGCAGUAAGUGAAGCACAACUAAUUGCACGUUCUGCAUUAGCCACUGCAGAGAGAGCAAUUAGUUCAGCUGCUGAAUUAUCUGUGGCAGUUUCUCAAUCUGAAACAGGUGCCAUUCAAAUUAUAACUGAUGCUGCUGCACAAAGGGCAAAGCGUCUUGCUGAAGGUUUAGCAGGUUGUAUGACAGUUGCAACAGUAUCAUAAUUUAAUUUUUAAAUAUUUUU